AUGGCCCAGUCAACGGCCGUCUUCCAACUUCAGCAUGCUCUGGUAUUUGAUCUGGGUCUCAACAAGCCGGUCAGAGAAGGCGAUCCCUCGGAUAUGCUCCCGAAUCCUUCGGGAUUUUUGCCCAAAAAUAGUGUUACAGAAGCGAAGAGAACUUCUGAAGAACGUCGAACUCUACUCUGUGCCUUCUGCUCCACAUCAGUGUACGUUUCACCCAUCGUAUGGUGGCAUGGAAAUUGAUAAGUUACAUUAGAACGUCGCUAUUCGUACGCAAGAUCGAGAAUUUGCACCACACUCCUUAUCUCGAGUAUUGUUGUAAGAUUUUGGAGGAUGCGAGCGAGUUUCCUUCGGAUUUGAUUUUGGUUGCCGCGACUAGAUUGCAAUGUAUGAGCGAAUCAAUCCAGCGAAGUCUGCUAGUGAAAAAUGAGGGUCCUAUAAUUCCAAGUUGUAUGAGAGCAGAGUUAGUAAGCUAUUGGCAAAGUUUAUCGGAUGAACUCCGUUCUAAUGGUGCGUAUUUUGAAACAAAUGCAAGAUCGAGCUGGCUUAUUGACAUACUUUGCUUACCAGAAUUUCUACUCACGACUUACUACUCGGUCGAAGUAUUCCUUUACGAACCAAUCAUCCAAUCGAAUCCACCCUCGUUUGUAUUCGGCAAUGGCAACGCCCAGCGCUUAGAAAUGUUAAGCACUUGCCUUCUCGCAGUUCAAAAGCUGCUUGAUUUGUCAAUUGCACAGAAAGUUAGCAAAUUCGCAGCAUUAUCCGGCCCCCAGCUUUCGUUCAUAGGACUGGGACUUUCGACUCUUUUCAAACUAUCCGUGGUUGAACAGCCAGGUUGGGAUCUAGCACAAGUUCGGCAAAGCGUCAAGAUAUUCGACUAUUUUGAUCACUUGAUUAAGCAGUUCGAGGCAGUAAGUGUUACAGCUGACCAACUGCACCCCGAACCGUGUAAAUUAUCUUUUUCAGAAGGAUGCGGUCGAGCUCUGAAGAGGACCAAGGGCAUUUAUGGGACGAAAAUGGGGGUGGUUUCGGGCGCGAACCUUGUGCCAGAACACGAGAUUUCCGGAAUCGACGGCGGACUGCUUUCUAUGGAAUUUGACUGGAUCGACGAUGCCUAUUGGCAGGACAUGAUGGGAAGUAUGAUGGGAGAUGUAUUUUUGCCAUGA